CCGCCUUGGUUUUAAAGCGAUCGCUGUAAUAACUCCGCUUGGGCCCCUUUCGACAAGAAUGUUCCAAAGAUCGGUACUCCGCUGCACAUAUAUGCAAAGUAGAACUAAUAGAUUCGAGAAUACUGCAAAGUUAGACAUUGCGCUGUACCAAGGGUGAUUCUCUGUUUUACUCGCCACCACCACAAUACCCGAAUGAUAUUUCUUGUUCUCCGCAGACAUAUGUAAGAGGUUUUCCCAAAUGUCAAGUCCGUGGACAUCAUUAUACGUCUACCUCUGCAUCAUGAAUGAUCAAUGAUUUUGGGUAAUAAUAUAUUUGGCGAAUUGAGACGGGGGUUGUGCAAGUUAAAGAAGGGAUUGAAUUAUUAUUCAUAAGUAUUUCCUUGAAAAAAUUCAAAUUUCAUUGGAUAUUGGUAAACCCUGUAGAUUAAUACAAUGAAGGGUAUGGAAAUGGCCAACUGAUUUUUUUUGCCCAACUACUACAAUUGGAAAUGCACACAUUUUGCAUACCACAAAAUGAAAAUCGCUAGAACAUUUCUUUUUUUCUUCGUUUUUAUUUGUCAAGAGGAGUGUUCUCUUGAUGAUAUCAUCUCUAAGCUUAUUGUAGUAGUUUUAUCCGUUAAGGAUACUCACUCACCGUACUAUCCACGUGCAUAUGGCGGGCCAUCCACAAAUGUCAUCGAUAGAAGGCAAGAAAACCCGAAUGCAAUGCAGGUAAUCAAGAAGGUUUCAUGCAUAUUUGGUAUUGGCGCCUACAUAUUUGAAGAUAUGCAGGCCGCAUGA